AUGGGAUCUCUGUUUCCAUCUCUUCCAGAUGAAAUUGGGUUGGAAUGCCUACUGAGGGUGAAAUUGAACUCUCAUCCCAAACUCAGGUGUGUCUGCAAAAGCUGGAACGCUGCAUUCAAAAGCCCCCACUUUUAUCAAGAGAGAAAAAGAUUGAACAUUUCCGAGAAACGGAUUUUUAUGGUCCAAACUAAAGGGAGAACAACUGCUGUAAUAGAUGACAUUAGCAACAGAGUAGCAGUAUACAACCUGGAGAACAACUGCUGCAAAAGCUUACCGCCCGCUCCAGGACCAAUCUACUCCAUCGAACACUGCCAUUUUGUGAAACAAAAACUGGUUUUGAUAACGGAUAUGUUUCAGGAUUCCACAACAAUUUGUGUAUGGUUGUACGAUUUUGCUUGUUGUAAAUGGCGGCAGGGUGCCACAAUGCUUAGAUGGUUGGAAGCUUAUGCCUCCGCAGCGGAUGAGGAGGGCGGACUGAUUUACGUUGGUGGAGGGUUUGACAAGUCUCGCAAACCGGUCCGUAGCGCUUCAGUUUACAAUGUGGAGGAGGACAAAUGGGAUGUACUCCCUGACAUGAACGCUUUACAGGUCUACACGUAUUCAACUUUUAAAGGUGCUUUUGCUGACGGUAAGUUUUAUGUAAUGGGCACUCGGUCUGCGCCCAGCUUUGAGGCUUUUGAUUCCUACACAAGAAGCUGGAAAACUGUGGAGAAUAGAUUCAACUGUUGGCAUUCAUUUGUGAGUGCACCAUUUGGGCGCUUGUAUUUCUUGUCUGAUAAAGGAUUGAUUGAAUAUGACUGUGGCCAAGAUAAAUGGAACAUUGUAGGGCCUCUUCCAACCAAGGAUUGGGAACUAGAUAUUCAAUUCGCUGUAAUGGUUGGCCAUAACAUCUUUGUUUGCAGAUUUCAUCCUCAUCAAGGUCGAGGUUAUUAUAUGGUAGAACCUCCAAAUGAGACAGGAGGAGCAAUCAAUUUGUUUCGGAUAAGGAAACCACGGGGCCUCGAGGGUAAACCUAUAUGUGCUGCUACCCUGAAUGUUUGA